CUUUUGUACUCUGUAGCCUGUAGUAAAAAAGUUUGACAAAUGGACAAGUGGGAUUCGGUGUGUCUGAGAGGUUUUAUUUAUCAGUUUCGUUAGUUUUUUGAUACAAAUUUUAAAUACAAAUGAAAACAUGACACUCAGAGAUAAUCUCAAAGAUUUGGGAUGGCACUUAAGUCAAGAUGGUAUUGAUAUUAUUAGCGAAAAUGGUCAAAUUCAAGAUGUAAAUAUCCUAAGUAGAAGAGCUUUAGAUUUCGAUUUGAGAGAUAUCGGUGACGCAGCUUUCCCCGAAGAGUUUACAAAAGAUGCAACUAAAUUAGAAAAGCCAAUAAUUGUUCAAAUUCAAAAGAUCAGAAAUGUAGCUGCACCAAAAGCUAAUGAAGAAUCAACUUCGGCCCCUCGAAUGCUAAAACUUACAUUACACGAUGGAAAAUCAACAUGUAUAGGCCUAGAAACAAGUCCAAUCUCAAGUCUUAGUAUUAAUACUCCACCUGGAACAAAGUUGCUUCUUAAGAAUGAAGAUCUAGAAGUCUGCCACGGUGUUAUAUGGCUCACACCAGCCGUUAUAUCUGUUUUAGGAGGAAAGGUUUCUCAUAUGAUUGAAAAGUGGGAGCUCAACCGUAGUUUAGCUAAACACACCAGAGGUGGUAUAGGAGUGGAUGGUGGUCCGCCUCCUUGGAUACCUUUUGGCCAAAGGUUGGAAGCUCUGCCAGUGGAUAAACAGUUUAAGAGUUUGCAAGAAGCAGCAAAACAAGAUAAUGCAGAAUUUGAAGCCCAGAGAAAAGGAGCUAUUGCAGAGGCACAAAGAAUGUCUGGAGUUAAAAAAGUUUUUGGAGGCGGAACUAAACCAUUAUUAGAUGCAAAUGUUCAAAAAAUUGUUGACGCCGGAUUUUCUGAAGAACAGGCUGAAAAUGCCCUCAAAUAUACAAAGAAUAAUGUAGAGAGAGCACUUAGAAUAUUGCAAAAAAGAGAUAAUUCAGAAAAUAGAAGCAAAGAAAAGCAAAAGGAACCUGAUCAACCAAAACGUAAAGGCAGAAACAAAGAUACCAAUGAUGAAGAUGGUAUUCCUGUAAAACCCUCUGGAAAAGUAUCAUUGUUUGAUUUCUUGGAAGAUAAAUUGCCUAAUGUGCCCGAUAAAGACAAAAAUAAUCGUAGAGAAUAUAACACUUCUUCAGAAGACAGAGCAGAGAGGGGUUAUGGGAAUAGGGACCGAAACAGUGCCAAAAACAACUCGCGGUCUCAUGGGUCUAGAUAUGAUGGACCAAGACAUAGGAAUGACAGGGGUCACUAUUCAAAUGAGAAUUACCAUAACUCUCAUAGAGAGGAAAGGAAAUACCAACCUCAGAAUGAAAAACCACCAAGGUUUCAAAGAAAGUUGGAAGAAAAAAAUAAGCAACAACAGCAGGCUAAUAAUAUGAAUUUACAUUAUAACAAUGCAUAUCAUAGCCAAUCGCAUAAUCAGUAUCCUGAAAUUAAUGUGAGAAAUGAUAAUAACUUCAAUGACAAUAACAUGAAUCAGCCACCUGGCUUUAGAAAUAAUAUGACCCCCAUGGACAACUUAGUUGAUGCUACAGCAAAUUUAAAUUUACUCUCUAAUCAGUCACGGCCUAGUAAGGAAUUAUCACCCGGGAGAAAUUACCAAAAUUAUCCUGAACAAAACUAUCCACCAAAACAGUCAUACAUACCAAAUCAGAAUAUGCAGGACAUACCACCAUUCAGGAGAAAUAAUGACGUGUCUAAAUACCAAGAUCAGCAGUAUCAACGUAGGACACAACAGCAACAAAACGGAUACAUGGAACCUCAACAGAACCCCAUAUAUUCCAAUAUGAACUACAUGGGUGGAGCUCAAGGUGGUUUUAGUGGACGUCAAUAUGGAUAUGGUGCUAGACCUCAAGAGUUCAAUACAAUGCGCACUGGAGGGCCAUUCUUGCCGGGAUCACUGCUUGGUUUUCAGAAUGCUGCUGUGAAUGAGCAGGCUCGGGCUAUGCUAGGAGUUGCCGAUAUAAACUGGAAAGUCGGUGAUCGUUGCCUAGCCCUGUAUUGGGAAGAUAAUAAUUUUUAUGAGGCUGAAAUCACUGGUAUUUCAGCAAACACGGUUGUAGUCAAAUUUUGUGCAUAUGGUAAUCAUGAGGAAGUUUUGAAGUCUAAUUGCUUGCCCUAUCCUAAUCAAGGUCAGUAUAAAAAUUAAGUAAUUAUUGUUGGCCAAUUAAAGAUAGUUUAACUUGGGUUCCAGUGUUUUGUGUACUUGUCAUUAUACAUCUGCAUAUGCCUGUUAAAUGCGUUAUGC